UUAGCAUCCAAUAUGGCUACCCGACAUUUCAACAAGCUGUAACUUUUCUAAUGAAGUAAUCGCUUUGUUUGAGACCCCUAAAUGCUACAAAAUGUUCAUCGGAAGUCUUGUAGCAUCCAGAUUUUUAGGCCUCAUUGCACACUUUGUAGUUACUGUGGUGAUAUUCCUAUCAAAGGUGAGUUUUUACCCAAAUCCAAGCAGCUCUAUAAUGUUCAUGUUUGGUGGUUUAUUGCACGAGUUUACGGUCAUAUCAUCCCGAGGCUCUUGAUGAUUCGACUCGGAAACAUUUCUUCAAAUCACUUUCAGGACGCAAAUGUUAGAGCUUGCCUGCCUCUUCAGUAUACAGAAAGCGAAUUUUCAUCUAAGGACAAAGAGUAAGUGUAAAAUCCUUUAAAAAGUUGCAUUUUAGACAAAAUACUCCGUAAAAGUUAGAAUAGUGUAUCUCCUUGAAAUCCCUAAAUUCUUAUCGGCAUCAUCAAAAUUAGACUAUAACCAAUCCUUUUAGAAUUAAUUUCGAUUUUUGUAGUAUUGUAAUUACGAGAGAGGUAUCCUAAUUUAAAAUAUAUUUAUCAAAUGUUCAACAGUCCAUUUUACUGUUGUGUAGUUAGUUGUCAAGCCUUUGAUUUGGAGUGAGGCUGAAGGUGACCUUGUUGUGAUAGAGACUAGCAUCUAGUUAGCGUGAUAAAAAAGUAAUUUAGUAUUAUUAACUGAGUUGACAAUGUAAAUUGGCCAUCAUAAAGAAUUAGAAAGCUGAUGUUUUGAGCGUUCGCCCUUCAUCAGAGCAACAAAGGGCUAAUUAACACUCAAAACAUUAGCUUUUAAACUCUUUAUGGUGGCCAAUUUACAAUGUCAACUCAGUUGAUAACACUAAAUUACCCUGUUAUACUCUCCCACCAACACAGCACCACAGUUUCUUUAGAAAUUACCCCCUUUAUUCAUUUGAUAACAAAGUAGUUUACAUUUGAACAGCAGCAAUGUAAGUAUCCCAACAAGGUCACCCUCAGCCUCGCUUGACAACCAAGCAAGCAACUGUAAAAUGGACUAUUGGCAAGUCUUCACCCUUUAACCCCCAACAGACUAGCAUUUAAGUUCUCCUUACAUUAUCAGACCUGAAUCACUCAUCAAGGUCACAAGAAUGUAAUAAAUGAUCACCAACUAAAGAAUCUCUUGAUUGUUAAACAAAUUCUCCUUGUCAACACCUAAGGAUUGAGAACAAACAGUAUGGAGAAUAUGCAUACAGAUGUCAGGGUGUAAAGGGUUAAUCAUCAAGACUUUGUGCUGAUGUUUUUUUUUUUCCAGGUUGAUUGUGGGUUUGUCUCUCACUCUGGUGUUUCUUGGCUUAGAGUUUGGUGGAUUUAUUGGGGGUUGCUCCAUGUUUAAUGGUACUGCUGGGAUUCUCUGUAUCCUUUUUGUUGGAAGAUGAAAUGAUUGCGUGUUCUUUAGAUGAUGGCUUACUCAUCAAUGCACUUAGGCUUGAUGACAUAGGUGUUGUUUGAGCAAUGAGUCAUUGCCACCUUAUCUAUCAAACAACAAACUUGAGUACAGGGGAAAUAUCUCUGGAAGUGUUAGAAGAUGAAAUAAUUGCAUACUUUUUAGUUGAUGGCUUGCCCUCUUAUUAACUUAGGCUUAAUGCCUUGGUGUUGUUUGAGCAAUAAGUCAUUUCCACAUUAUCUUUCAAACAAAAAACUAGGGGCUGGGAAAAAAAUGUCUUUGAGUUUUUUAUUUUCCACAAGUUAUGAUACAUUUUGUGUUGAACUUACUAAAAAAAUGUAAAUUUAAAGCCAGGCCAUCUUGAAUCAAAAAAAACUUUUAUUGGCCUAAAAAAUUGAAAUUCUGAAAACCUCUUUGCAGUAAAGAUGUAUUUAUGUACAGCUCUGGUAAUUUUAUGGUGAGUUCAAUUGUUUGGGUCUGGAACUGCCAAAUCAUGACUUAGGAACAGGGGAUUGUUUUAGUGGCUGUAGAUUCUUCUUAACUAAACGUGAAGCCAUUGCAGCUCAUUCAAGUGCAGCAAUUUCUCUCUCCAUGUUUGUUCUUGAGGAAUGGGACUGUGAUAAGUUUUGGUACAUUUUUGGAUUCUGUAGGUGAGUGAAACAUGACAGUAAAUAUCAUGAUUAGUUGUUUGUGAAAAUUAUUUAUGAAUUUGAAAUAUCAAACAGUGGGCAGCUCAAAUCUCCAAAGUUUUCCUACAGAAAAAUAAAUUGAAAAAUCAAGUAUCCAUGUACUUGUAAAAUGGUUUAACCCCUAAGAUUGACCAGCAGCUAAUUUCUCCUUACAAUAUCACCCCCUGAAUCAACCAUUAAGGUUAUGAGAACAAAGGAAAUGAUCACCAGCUAAAGAGACUCUUGAUUGUUCCACAAAUUCUCCUUGUCAGCACCUUAGGAAAUGUAUAUAGAGCAGUAUGGAGAAUAUGCAUACUGAUGUUAGGGUGUAGACAGUAAAUUUACUGGUGAAAGCCUUUUUACAGGUUUAACACCACAGUACUCCAAUUCAGUAAUCGCUAUAUUUAUGUUAUACUUUGAUUGUAUUUUGCAGUGCUUUCCCAGCUGUUAUGGAAACAUGUGUUUUGAUAAGUGUCUUGAUGUUUCGAGCUGACAGAUAACUAACAGUUUUUAUAUACAGUCAUUUUUAGUAGCCAUAGGGAGCAGGUUGCUUUAUUCUUCAACCUCUCUUUUCUCUAUGAUAAAAGACAUCCAAGGUUGUAAUUAUUAUGCAAAGAUCUACAGGUCUGGCAUGGUAGAAGAUAGUUUACUGAGAGGAGAAAAUUAAGAAGAAUUUAUUUAACCCUCACAAAGAGCUUGAGGAUGAACAUUUCACCAACAGCAGAUUUGUGUCUUUCCACCACCAGCCUUUGUAAUGUAAUAUAGUUUGUUAAUAUAAAGUUAGUUAGCUAGUUAGUUCCCAAUAUUGCUUGACCCACUACUAUGACUAAUAAUAAUUAUAUAUUUAUCAAUUAGAGCCUGCAGUUGUGAUUAAAUAGUUAAAAGUUGUGAAUAAUAAGUUUAUUUGAUUCAAGAUGGCUUGGCUUUAAAUUUACAUUUCUUUAGUAAGUUCAACA